UGUAUACAAACACAAGACAAGUACGGAGUGCAGAAGCGAUACUUUUCGUUAUUGCCGAUCGUCCGAAUGCAUGAAAGUGUACCGUGAGUUAUUGAUCGCUCACGAUUAGCAAGAAAAUGUAUGUUUUUUUUUUUCGUUAGAGGUUAUAGCGAACGUGGAGAUACGAGGCAAGCACGCACUGUAUGUAUACAUACAUCGCAUUUCUGUGAACUGGCCUACAUUCUACAAUUGAGUCACGCUCACUUUCUGACGCUGAAAAAUAAAAUAAAAUACGAAGCGAUCGGUAGAAAAAUUUGGCGAAAGCGAAAGCUGGUUUGCGUUGCAUUUUAAUGAAUAAAUAGCGAGAUCAAUACGGGGUGGAGUAACAGCUGGUAAAUAUUGAUCUUUUCGGACAACUAAUUUUUACGAAUUUUCUUCAGUUUUUUUUUGCCUUUAUUCGUGUUAAUUAGAACGGAAUAUUCUUCCGUUUUUAUUCUCCGUUUUUAUUAUAUUCUCGUUAUUCAUUGCGCUUUUAUUCGCGCGUUCCUCGGGGGUGUAUCGAACGAUGCACACGUCUAUACACCACGUGCGCGACGCGCGAGUCGCGCCGAUGCGCCGCAAUAUACAUGGGGAGUCCCCGUCUCAUCGGUUUCAGUCGUCGUUUCGCCGAUAGAAACUAUCUCGCGGAAAGUUAUCACCGAUCAUCGUCCUUCAAUUAAAUCACUGAUAACCUACCGGCCGGAGCGCGACUACCGAGAUUCACGUACGAGAUAACGUCGCGCCGAGACUUCCCCGUUCCUCCCCCGGCAAGAUUUCCUCGUGCUUGUCAUCUAUGCUGCGUUAUGUAAUCAACGCGAGUUGUUUGUUGUAUACGUCGCUCGCGAGGAUCUUCGUUUCGCUACGGAGAUAUUUAAUGAUGCAAUUGAUCGGAGGCUCCUCCGAGCAGCAUGACUACGUCGAGGAUGUGGUGUGCAAGCAGGAGGAUAUCAACGAAAAUGAGAUGAAGAUGCUGCCGCUUGGCGACAAUGGGAAGAUUUUGCUGGUGAAGCAGAACGGAGAAUUGCACGCGAUCGGCACCAAAUGCACGCAUUACGGCGCUCUGCUGCACACCGGCGCGUUAGGGGAGGGCCGGGUGAGGUGUCCGUGGCACGGCGCGUGUUUCAAUAUCAAAACCGGGGACAUUGAAGAUUAUCCAGGCUUGGAUUCCUUACCGUGCUACAAGGUUCGCGUAGACGAAGACGGUCUCGUCCACGUGAGGGCCAAACGCAAAGACCUGGAUAUUAACAAACGCACGAAGGACAUGUCCGCACGUGAUCCGGCGGAUACGAAGACGGUCGUGAUAGUUGGCGGCGGGCCGUCGGGCGCGACCUGUGCGGAGAGUCUGCGACAGGAGGGCUUCGCCGGACGCAUCGUUAUGGUGUGCAGGGAGCAGGCGGUGCCCUACGAUCGAAUAAAAGUGUCCAAAGUGUUAGAUUUCGACGUUCAGAAAGCGGCAUUACGGCCACCCUCGUUCUACAACGAUCACAAUAUCGAAACGAAACUUGGAGUAGAAGCGACAGGUCUAGAUACGACUCAGAAUAUUGUCAAGCUGAGUAACAACGAAAACUUGAAGUACGAUUAUCUGUUUACUUGCACAGGCAGUAAACCGAGGAUGCCAAGUGUACCUGGGGCGAAUUUAUCGAAUAUUUUUGUCCUACGAGAUUACACCGACGCGCAAGGUGUGUACGCGCUUCUGUCCCGCGAGAAACACGUAGUUGUCCUAGGAUUAGGCUUCAUCGGCAUGGAAGCCGCGGCUUACUGUAUCGACAAAUGCGCGUCUGUCACGGUAAUAGGACGCGAUACCGUGCCCCUCAAAGCGAUAUUCGGCGCGGACAUCGGCAAUAGAAUUAAAAAGGAGCACGAGGCAAAAGGUGUGAAAUUCAUCUUCCAGAAUAAUAUCAAGCAAUUCAUACCUAAGGAAGGUGAAGAAAGUGUUGUGGCUAAGGUCGAACUUACGGACGGUCAGAUUCUACCAGCGGAUAUAGCUAUUGUCGGAAUAGGAUCUACCUUCUACACCGAUUGGCUGAAAGGAUCUUCCGUUCAAAUGAGGGACAACGGUACUAUAUUAGUAGACAAGCAUCUAAGGACGAACGUGGAAAAUGUGUAUGCUGGCGGUGACAUAGCUUACGCACCGAUAUACGGAUCCGACGACACGUCAGCGGCGAUAGGUCACUAUUCUCUAGCUCAUUAUCACGGCAAAAUUGCGGCUCUGAACAUAUGCGGCAAAGAAACUCCUUUGAGGACCGUGCCGUUCUUCUGGACCAAUUUACUGGGUAGAAAUUACAGAUACGCAGGCCAUGGGAAACCCACUAGCAUAAAGAUUCAUGGCUCGCUGGAUAAACUGGAAUGGAUCGCUUACUAUCUCAAGGAUGGCAAAGUAAUAGGAAUUAGCAGUGUUAAUGCCGAUCCAGUCGUAUCGGAUUUCGCAAAUAUGCUUUACGAGGGGAAGACCCUGACCGAAGAGGAGAUCAAUAAAGAUCCGUUCGGUUGGAUGAGAAAUAAGCCAAAGGAAGUAACUCGGUUUCAAGAGAGCCGUUUAGUCGAUGCUCAAGCUUGAAUCGUUUUAUACGAACAAUAUAAUUUAAUGCUUUAAAAUAACGAUGUCACAGUAUUAGUCUCAACUUUUACUUUCCGUACAUUCUGUAUACCUUAUUAGAUAAACUUAUGUAACAUAUUUCAUGACAUUAUGUUUCUUGCGUUAAGAAAUGCUCUAUGUAUAUUCUCGGCAUUGUGCUGAUCCAAAAUGUACAAAAAAAAAAAAAGAAAAAUAAAUGUUCUUCUUAGAUU